CACCUACCCUGGCGCCCACGCCUGCACCAACGCCGGCGUCCACGCCCGCGCCGACGCCUGCACCAACGCCCGCGCCGACGCCAGCACCGACCCCAGCACCUACGCCAGCACCAACGCCAGCGCCCACGCCCGCACCGACCCCAGCACCUACGCCCGUGCCGACGCUGGCACCGUCUCUGGCGCCUACGCCUGCACCAACGCAGGACCCCGCUACAGCACCUACCCUGGCGCCCACGCCUGCACCAACGCCGGCGUCCACGCCCGCGCCGACGCCUGCACCAACGCCCGCGCCGACGCCACACCGACCCCAGCACCUACGCCAGCACCAACGCCAGCGCCCACGCCCGCACCGACCCCAGCACCUACCCUAG